UUAUUUCAAGAACCAAUAUAUUUCAAACAAGCGUAGAAUCGAUUCUAAAUUCAUGUCCAGCCAAAUUGUGGAAAGUGAGGAUGAAUUUGAUGAGUCUUCGGAGUUGCAACAAAAAAACACGCUCGAAUCGCAGCCAUCGGUGGAUGAAGCCUUCGAUUUGGACGAUCUGUUGCCAGUCAUUGGCGAAUUUGGCAAAUAUCAGAAACUUUUGGUCUUUGGCAUUUGUCUGCCUGCUUGCAUACCAUGCGGAUUUUGUGCCUUCAACCAGCUCUUCAUGGCCGACACCCCAGACGAUUAUUGGUGUCGGGUUCCCGAGCUAUUGCAAUUGGAUCUCGAGCAGCGCAAAUAUUUGGCCAUACCCAAGGAACUGGAGAACGACGAGAUGGUAUACAGCAAAUGCUAUACGUACGGAGUCAACUGGACGCAGAUGCUCGACUUGGCUGAUGACAAUGGAGGGAAUUAUACGUUUUUGGAGCCCAAUAGCAGCUGGCCCCUGGUUAAGUGCAGUCAAGGCUGGGAGUACAACACCAGCAUAGUCUGGUCCUCGAUUGUGAUCGAUUUCGAUUUGGUAUGCGAUCAAGACAUAUAUCCCACCAUUGGUCUGGCGGCCCUCAACAGUGGCGGCCCGGUGGGUGUCUAUUUGUUUGGGCUGCUCAACGAUCGGGCUGGGCGGAGACUCUCAUAUUUCACAUGUUUGGCCACCCUGCUGGCGGGCAGCUUGAUGACAUCGCUGAGCAAGGACUUUUGGACAUGGGCUGGCAGUCGAGUAAUCGUGGGCCUGACUAUACCUGCUGUCUACCAGAUACCCUUUAUCAUAUCUCUGGAACUUGUGGGCGAGAAGUAUCGCAGCUUUGUGACCGUCAUGACCUGCACCUUCUACACGUCGGGCAUAAUGCUGCUGUCGUUGGUUACCUAUCUGGAGCGGGACUGGGUGCGGCUUUCCUACUACACAUCUCUUCCGUUUUAUUCCUACUUUCUGUACAUAUUCAUAAUGCCCGAGUCACCGCGCUGGCUUCUUAUGCGCGGCCGCCUGGAGGAGGCGCUUAGAAUACUGGAGAGCAUGGCUCGCGUUAAUGGUCAAAAGUUUCCGGAGGCAGUACACAGCAAACUGGAGGCGCAAAUCAGAAGGGAUAAGCUGAAAAAGCAGAAGAAGAAGGUCGCCAACGUAGGCCUUGCGGAUCUGUGCCGCACGCCCAACAUGCGGCUGAAGACCAUAUUGAUAACGCUCAGCUGGUUCGCAAAUGAGACUGUGUACUUGGGACUCAGCUAUUACGGCCCCUCGCUUGGCACCAAUCAGUACGUGAGCUUCUUCUUGUCGGCAGUGGUGGAGCUGCCGAGCUACCUGUGCUGCUGGUACUUUAUGGACACUUGGGGUCGACGUUGGCCUCUCAGUCUCUCCAUGAUAUUGGGCGGCGUCGCUUGCAUUAUAACUGUCAUGCUGCCCGAUGACGCAAUAGAGGAGACAUUAAUCCUAUAUCUCAUAUCGAAGGCUCUUCUUUCGGCCUCAUUUCUGAUCAUCUAUCCCUUUGCCGGCGAGCUGUAUCCGACGCAAGUGCGCGGCAUAGGCAUUGGUGCCUCAAGCUACAUUGGUGGCUUAGGUCUUAUUGGGAUACCAUUUGUCACUUACCUGGGCAAGGAGAACCUGAAGUUGCCGUUGGUAAUUAUGGGAUUCGUAUCGAUGCUGGGUGGCAUGACGGGCCUGCGCUUACCGGAAACCCUGCACCAUCGCUUGCCCCAGACCAUCGAGGAGGGCGAAGAGUUCGGCAAAAAUUGGCAGUUUAAGGAUUGCCUGCACUGCAAGCCACAGCCCGAUGUCCACUCACCGCCAGCUUCCUAUGAAAAUCUAGAUGUACUAGGCGGCUUCUCCAACAAUGCUUCCGAAGUCGAACUGGAGCUUAAGGACAGUCGACGUCAACGUCCGCAUCCGCAUGUUACGGAACGCACUCCUCUGGAGGACAGUAGCGGGUCCGUUGGCAGCACUGGAAGACAGCAUCGGGCUUCCAUGAAGCGCCUGGUGCGCCAAAUGAGCGUUAUGGACACACAACGGACCCACGACGGCACCAUGCAGCUGACGCAUUGGAUCUGAGUGUGGGGAACAUGGGAAUAUAUUAAAUUAUUUAUAUCGAUAUAUAGAGCUGAUUAAGAACAUGAUUAUUCACACAACUUAUUAUAUCGUAAUUAAAUAUACGAAGCAAACAAAAAGAUCAAAAGAUCAAGAUUGUGUAGAUCGAGAAUAGAUCGAUGAGUAACAAUGUCUCCUCUUCUAAAGAGAAAACGAGAAAUCUUUUUAAAGCUUUCAAAAUUUCCAAAAUAUUGUGCUGUAUCAAAACAAAUUCGUUUGUCUUUUAAGAGAGAGAUUCCUAUUAUUCAUAAAGUAUUAACUCCAAAAAUAAUUUGUUUAUGGUUAAUAUUAGCUAAAGGUCCAGAAUGUGUUUAACUAUAUCCGAUUAAUAAUGGAACACUUUUGGCUUUAGGGUUUAAAAUUAUAUAAGAAAAGAGUAUGAUUUGUUUCAGAAGCUAACUGCUGUUCCAUUAUGUAAUUUAUAUAUCUUAU